AUGGAAGGGGACGCAGUCCGUGGUGCGGCGCUUGUGCUGCUGCUGGAAGAGGGGCUGGUGGAAUUGGUGGCGCUGGGGCGGAUGGAGGUGCUCAUCGACUGGGAAGAGGAAGUGGAAGAGGAUCGCGAGCUGGGUAUCGUGGACGUCGAGCUGCUGCUAGGGCGGGAGGUCGACACGGUGAUGGUCCCGAUGGUCGUUGUGGAAGUGAUCGAGGGCGGUGAGGCGCUCGAUACGGAAGAGGGGACGGGUAAGGAGGAGGUAAGGGAGGCGAUUUGGGUGGGCGAGGAGCCGGACAUGCCGUCGAGCCUGGAGGGACAUUAG